CAGGGAUACGCAUCAAAAAUGGUAUGUAUACCGACGGUACAGAAAAGUGAAAUACAACGUAGUUUAUACUCAGUUCUCAGCUGGCGCUAACGUGCAAGGAAACUGUGACAUUUCGAUUUGAUGGUUUACAGAAAGGAUAAUAUCGCCCAUAAUUACUCUCAGGCAUUUUCAGGCCUUCUCAGACUUUUCUUUGACAUUAAUGAAUAUUUUAUCGACGAAUAAAAUAUUAUCGACGAUAAAAAGAAGAGAUCUCGCGAAUUUGCGCAGAUUCCACUAGGUAAAAUAGUGAAUUUAGGUGGCGUUUCUUGUCGCGUUUCUUCUCCUCCGCUCUCCCUUCCCCCUCAUCUCUCCUCCUUUGACGUCGCCGAUAUAUUCUCCGGCGCUUUUAGGAAGUUUUCCCCGCAUAUGCUGCCGCCUGCCGCUCCGCGGUCGCGUUAACGCUCGAGUACCUACACGAUCGUGCGAGGAGAAAGGCGCGCCGCGACGAAGGAAGAUGCGGGGUGCCAGGAAAAAAAAGAAAGCCCACUACGCCGAGUAGCCUGAGGUCGAGCAUGCGGUCAGUCGAGGGAGACGUUGCGUCGGCUCUCGCGUACAGAUCACCGCGCGUACAGAUAUCCGCGCGUCCAACGAGAAAGAAGGAGAGAGGAAGGAGGAGAAAGCGGACGAGCGAGCGAGCGAGCGAGCCGCGCGGCGACUCCCUCCGGCGCGUUACGCCGUCGACGUGUGUGCGCGAGACCAGGCAGAAUCCGAUGUAUAUGAUGAAAGGGGCUUAUUAGUAUGCUGGAUAAGCGGCGGCUACAUGCCUCCGGUACGUCGCCAUGCACCCUCAUCUUCGUGGUCGUUUUGGCACUAACUGGAUGCUUCUCGUUUUGGAUUCACAUCGAUGGUUCAGGAUCGCCGAUCCCGUACUCCAGCGGCAGUGUGGCCGUGCCAGGAUAUGUCCUUAUAUUUCCCGGAAACGUCACACCCUCGACGCAGCCCUACUCGAUAAACGAACUUCCGUCCGAUGAUAAAUCCACACUGAUCAACAUCACGGACUUCAGGUUUAUCAUGAACCACAAUCCCUGCAACCGUACGCAGCCGUUGCUGCUAAUGCUGGUUCAUUCGGCGCCGGGAAAUUUCCCGAAGAGGCACGUCGUGCGGGAGACCUGGGGUCAACAAGCGCCAGACGUGACUUUAUUGUUUCUCGUGGGAUACUCGGAGAAGUAUCAAUCCAGGCUCGAGGAGGAGAACAGGAAGUACCAAGACUUAAUACAGGGAAACUUUCUUGAUGCCUACAGAAACAUGACCUACAAGCACGUUAUGGGAUUAAAGUGGGCUACUUAUUAUUGUCCAAGUGCCAAAUAUAUUCUUAAAUUAGACGAUGACGUUUUUGUUCAUUUACCGGCCAUGCUGGACUUUCUGACGCGUGGCCUCUCGCCGUGGGGUGCAAGACGUCUGAUUCUCUGUGAUCUUCUGUCGGCUUCCGCAGUGAAGAGAUCCUGGCGCUCAAAGUGGCGCGUUUCUCCUCAGGAGUAUCCCGGUAGACUUUAUCCUGCGUAUUGUGCCGGAUGGGCGAUCUUAUACUCUCCCGAUAGUGUAUUUAUAUUGUAUCGUGAAGCCCAGAAGGAGCCGUACUUCUGGAUCGACGACGUUCACAUUACCGGGACACUGGCUAGGAAAGUAAACUUAACGCAAACCUCAUUACACUCUUGGGUGCUUACGACCGAGAGCAUGCGGGACCUGCUGUCGAAUCCGAGCGCCCGGCGGGAUUUUCUGUUCGGGCCUCCGGAUCUAACGGAGAGCGGAAUACGAGCCUUACAUAGUCUGGUUACUAAACCACGGCCUAGCAGCGAAAGCCUAUUGAAUUAAAUGUCGAAUAGAACAAUUUCGUUAUACUCGCUCGCCGUGACGCGAGGACAGAAGGAAA